AUGGAACAGUAUUUAAAUUUAGUUUUGAAAAAUUAUACAGCAUCAUUUUCUCAAAAUUCGAAUGAGAAUUUAUUUGAUGAACAUGAUUCACCAGAUAUAUUUGCUGAUAAUGAUUUACAUUAUAAAAUUCCAUUUUGGAUUGGUGUAAUUGUAAUUAGUCUUCUUUUUUUAUCAGUAAUCAUUGCAACAAUACGUUAUUGUUUUUAUACAUUAUGUUCAUCACAUAUAGAAACAGAAAAAAUGGCAUUAAUGCCACCAAAAUCACCUUGUCUCUCCUCAAAUAUUUCUAAUCGAAAUCAACGUCAAAAAUGUCAAAUAGUUAAUCCAAUUUCUCAUAAUUCAUCAGAUGAUAAUGAAACAUCAUUAUCAUCUAUUGAACAAUCACGAGAUAAUCAGUCAAAUAUAUCUAUUAUGCCAAUCAAUCAUCAUCAUUCUCGAUCAUAUUUGACAACACCACGACGUCAUCGUACAAAAAAAGACAUUGAUCAUAUCAACAAUGUUUCUUUUUCACCAACUCAAAUAUCAUCUUCUCACGUUUCAGUUGAUUUUCGAAAAAAAGUUCAUGAUAUUUAUGUUCUACCUGUUUCACCUGCACUGUCAUCAUUAUCAUCAUCAACAACAACAAAUACAGAUGAAAUAAUAAAAAUUGGUUCAAAAACAAUGCCUAGUCGAUUUCGAAGACAUUUAUCAUCAUCAACAAAUAUUGAUCAUGAUUCUACAUAUUGUGGAAUUCAAAAUAAUUGUUUUGCUGAUUCACCAAAACCAAAAGAUCGUAUAUUGCGUUAUAUUCAACCACCUUCACAACCUCCACCAUUACCACCAAUGCAUUUUAAUAAUAAUGGCAAAUUAUCAUCAUUAGAACAUCAUUCAACUAUAACUGAUCUAAAUCUCAAUUCAAUUACUAUUCAUUUUAAUACAAAUGAAGAAAAUCAAAUAAAAAAAUCUUCACCACCACCUGUACCUUAUCGAUUACGAAAACCUUCACAAUUACCAAUUGGAUUAGAAGAAUCAAAAAAUCAAUCAGAUCAAACUAGUAUUCAAUUCAUAACAGAAUUAUCUCCACAAGAUGAUUGUUUAGGACAUACAUGGCCAAAACCACCUGAAUCUAUGUCAACAUCAGAAAUCAGUGAGCCAUCGUCAAUAUCUUAUGAUCAUUUAAUUCCUACGAUAAUUAUGCAACAAAAUAGUACAAAAAAUAUUUUUCAUCGAUAUCAACAUGAUGAACAUUCAAUAUUAACAGAAUCGGAAACAUAA